CACUCACUCACCAAGCGCCGCAUUUUUGAAACAUGGCAGCACAGGUGAGUCGGCAUCAUGCAUUUAUAAAAAAUUAUUAGUAAUGUCCCCCCUGUUUUUGAGAUCGUAAACUAUAGCGAUGUUACAUUUAUUAUGCGAAUAUGUUAGACUUAAUCGCUUUCUCAGGUCCUGCCCUGAACAGGAUGAUAGUGUUGGGAAGUUCUAUGAAUGAAGCUAGCUAGCUACCGUUAGCUAGCUAACAUGCAACCGUUAGCGUGCUAGCGCUUGCAGACGUUAUUGUACCUUUUUACAAAUCAACAUAGGGGAAGUGAUCCGAUUAUUUUACUAAUAUAAUGACGCAGAUAAUGUUAUUACUGCAACGUUGAUUACCAGCUUGAGAUGCUGUGUAAUGUUGACAGUUGGCUUAGCCAAAGUUAACGUUAGUUAGCAUUGAAGGGCCAGCGGUUUACGGUUUUGGCGAACUUUGUUGUGGGUAGGUUCUAUCACUAUGACAACCAAUUGACCGACUGAGCAGCUCUAGUUAAGCACAUCGUUUCUAAACUUCUCAGCGUUAGUUUACUGCAUAUUUACCUGCCCAAACUUACCUCAAUAAUCAGAACACAAAUGUUAUCACAAUUAAACAGAUGGCGACUACAAAGGUUCCAGAGGUCCGUGACAUCACGAGGAUUGAGAGAAUCGGUAAGGGCCACAAAGUAAUAGUCAAUUGAUCUCUACUAAGUCCAGAGAUGUGUUUUGCGUUGUAUCUAUUGUAUUUACACAAGUGUCUAAAUCAUAAACUCCAUAUUUCAAAAAAUGUCCACCUCUAACAUGUGGCUGAAUGUUUGUAUUUCCCCAUUAGGAGCUCAUUCUCACAUCCGUGGCCUUGGGUUGGAUGAUGCCUUGGAACCUCGUCAGGUAAACAACCAACAAUCAUAAUCCGACUUUCUCAAACUACUGUGACACCACUCAGACACUGGCCCCAUGUUUUGUGGUCCCGCCUAAAUCAUGUGACCUGCUUGUCAUUCUCUGCCCUCUCUCUCCUCUCCCCCAACCCCCCCUCCCCUCCAGGUUUCCCAGGGGAUGGUUGGACAGCUGGCGUCCCGUCGUGCAGCUGGUCUCAUCCUGGAGAUGAUUAAAGAUGGCCACAUCGCCGGCAGGGCUGUCCUGAUCGCUGGCCAACCUGGCACUGGGAAAACUGCCAUCGCUAUGGGUACUGAUGGAUGGCUCAUUAAGUUAAAUCAAAUGUUAUUUGUCACAUGCGCCGAAUACAACAGGUGUAGACCUUACAGUGAAAUGCUUACUUACAAGCCCUUAACCAACAAUGCAGUUUUAAGAAAGAAUACCAAAAAAAAUCAACGUUGCAACUCCCGUACAGACUCGGGAGAGGCGAAGGUCGAGAGCCACGCGUCCUCUGGAACUACUGUGCGUUAGUUUACUGACAAAACUCGUAAAUGGGAUGAAAGAAACCAAAACGUGUUUCUCAGAAGUGUAGCAAAGGUUGCAAACAAUGUGCAUGCUGCAAACAGUGUCCACCCCGAAAAUGUUAAUGGGAAGACUGGAAUAAAAAAGAUUUAAUGCAGUAACAGAAAUUACCGUAACCAAACUAACAAACAUUGUAGAUUAGAAAUUAUAGGAAUUAACGGUACAUGUACUACUGGUGAUAUAUGUAAUGGGGGAAGUGAUAUACACUAACAAUCAAACGCAAACAAUUCACUCAAUGAAGUUAUGAAACAAUGAAUGUGCACAAAUUGGCGGGAGAAAGCGCAUUCUGGAGUGCAUCUGGGCAUAUGGUCAAUCCGACGUCUGCAUUGGCCAUGCAGUAUUUACGGUGACAUGGCCUCAGUAGAAGUCAGGGCAUUCAUACUUGUUGCUCUUCGCGGAGCAGUGCAGAGCUGUUGUCAAGGAAGUGAGUUUGCAGUUUUCUACAGGAUGUAUGGCCCCCACCUACCGUCAACCAAUCAUGUCAAUGCAGAGUUAUGCAGAGCCCUCUGCAUUGUUACAUUUGGGAGGCGCAUGGCGAUGCGGUACAGAGCUUGAUUUGGUCUCUGCAUGCCUCUGGAGGCUCCGCAAUUGCGUCACACCCUCCAUAAGGAGCCUCCCGAACACAUUUUCGGAUCAUGCCUAAAAUGGCUUUUAGUCUAGGCCUCCGCAAUGGAUUAGUUCACUGAGAUGGGCAUAUACAGUAUCUCACAAAAGUGAGUACACCCCUCACAUUUUUGUAAAUAUUUGAGUAUAUCUUUUCAUGUGACAACACUGAAGAAAUGAUACUUUGCUACAAUGUAAAGUAGUGAGUGUACAGCUUGUAUAACAGUGUAAAUUUGCUGUCCCCUCAAAAUAACUCAACACACAGCCAUUAAUGUCUAAACCGCUGGCAACAAAAGUGAGUACACCCCUAAGUGAAAAAGUCCAAAUUGGGCCCAAUUAGCCAUUUUCCCUCCCCGAUGUCAUGUGACUCGUUAGUGUUACAAGGUCUCAGGUGUGAAUGGGGAGCAGGUGUGUUAAAUUUGGUGUCAUCGCUCUCACACUCCCUCAUACUGGUCACUGGAAGUUCAACAUGGCACCUCAUGGCAAAGAACUCUGAGGAUCUGAAAAAAAGAAUUGUUGCUCUACAUAAAGAUGGCCUAUAUAUAUAUAUAUGUGUGUAUAUAUGUAUAUAUAUGUGUAUAUAUACGUAUAUAUGUGUGUAUAUAUGUGUAUAUAUACGUAUAUAUGUGUGUGUAUAUAUACAUGUACGUGUGUAUUUAUGUGUGUGUGUGUAUAUAUAUAUAUAUAUAUAUAUAUAUAUAUACGUAUAUAUAUAUAUAUACGUAUAUGUGUAUGUAUAUAUAUAUGUGUGUGUGUAUAUGUAUGUGUGGUAUACACUACCGUUCAAAAGUUUGGGGUCACUUACAAAUGUCCUUGUUUUCGAAAGAAAAGCAAUUUCUUUGUCCAGUAAAAUGACAUCAAAUUGAUCAGAAAUACAGUGUAGACAUUGUUAAUGUUGUAAAUGGCUAUUGUAGCUGGAAACUGUAGAUUUUUUGUGGAAUAUCUACAUAGGUGUACAGAAGCCCAUUAUCAGCAACCAUCAGUCCUGUGUUCCAAUGGCACGUUGUGUUUGCUAAUCCAAGUUUAUCAUUUUAAAAGGCUACUUGAUCAUUAGAAAACAAUUUUGCAAUUAUGUUAGCAAAGCUGAAAACUUUUGUGCUGAUUAAAGAAGCAAUAAAACUGGCCUUCUUGAGACUAGUUGAGUAUCUGGAGCAUCAGCAGUUGUGGGUUCGAUUACAGGCUCAAAAUGGCCAGAAAAAAAGAACUUUCUUCUUAAACUCGUCAGUCUAUUCUUGUUCUGAGAAAUGAAGGCUAUUCCAUGCGAGAAAUUGCCAAGAAACUGAAGAUCUCGUACAACGCUGUGUACUACUCCCGUCACAGAACAGCACAAACUGGCUCUAACCAGAAUAGAAAGAGGAGUGGGAGGCCCCGGUGCACAACUGAGCAAGAGGACAAAAUACAUUAGUGUCUAGUUUGAGAAACCGAUGCCUCACAGGUCCUAAACUGGCAGCUUCAUUAUAUAGUACCCGCAGAACAUCAGUCUCAACGUCAACAGUGAAGAAGCGACUCCGGGAUGCUGACCUUCUAGGCAGAGUUUCUAAUGAUCAAUUAGCCUUUUAAAAUGAUAAAACUGUAAGUCGCUCUGGAUAAGAGCGUCUGCUAAAUGACUAAAAUGUAAAAUGAAACAAUUAAAUUGGAUAAGCAAACACAACCUGCCAUUGGAACACAGGACUGAUGGUUGUUGAUAAUGGGCCUCUGUACGCCUAUGUAGAUAUUCCAUAAAAAUUCAGCCGUUUCCAGCUACAAUAGCAAUUUACAACAUUAACAAUGUCUACACUGUAUUUCUGAUCAAUUUGAUGUUAUUUUAAUGGACAAAUGUUUUUUUUUUUUUUUUUUAAACAAUGCCAUUUCUAUGUGACCCCAAACUUUUGAACAGUAGUGUGUGUAUAUAUGUCACUGCUCGACUAAUAUGAUCUCGGUCGACCAACAGCCUAACGCCCAAACAUCGACCAGUCGACUAAAUGGUGUCAACCCUAUUGCAGCUUUAAAUCUCUCUUUGAGUACAGCUGUCUGGUUGAUGUUGACUUCAUCAAAUAUUUAUCCUCUUAAACAGUUUAAGGUUUAAAACUUGUAGACUGGUAUAGAUGAAGUUGCUAUUAUACAACUUUUUGAUAACAUACUUUUUAAACGAUUAAACUUUUCUAUCUUAAAAAAAACUCAUCCACUGUCAUGGGAUUUCUUCAACAUUCUAAAGGUCCCAUUGUUAAAAACACCGACUACCAACAUUCUAGUCACUGUAAAAAAAGAAAUGACACUUUUGCAAAAAUCAGCUACUUUGACCACAUUACCAAUAAGUUAUACAAAAACUUAGAGGGUGUGGACUCUACUUCUCUGCUUUUCACAUCUAAAAUCAGAACAGAAAUAUAUUCUACCGAUCAAAUGUUACAGCUGUUUUAGUAACCGCAUCGACUACAUUUUCUCAACAUUUUAAAAAAUCACUGACAUUUUGACCACUUUCCCAACAAGUUAGAGCGCAUUAAAUAGAGCGCAUUAAUUCUUAGUCUGCUUUUCCAAUUUAAAAUCAGAACUCUUCUUCCACUACAACAAAAAUACUUUUAAUGAACUAAAGAAAGUCCCAACAUUUUUCUUCAUGGAGGGUUAAGCAUCAUCAAAAUACAUUUGAUGAAAAUAAUUUGGAUUUACCUGUUUAUUUGAUUCUGUUGUUGAUAAUGGUGAUCCCUCUCUUGCCUGUCCAGGUAUUGCCCAGUCCCUUGGCCCAGACACCCCCUUCACAGCCAUGGCCGGCAGUGAGAUCUUCUCUCUGGAGAUGAGUAAGACCGAGGCCCUCAGUCAGGCCUUCAGGAAAGCCAUUGGAGUCAGGAUCAAGUGAGUUCAGUCUUCUGCUCAGUUCACUUUAUUGGCCUCAUUUAGGAAUUUGUCAUGUGUUUUUAAGUUAACAAUCAACGUUUAUACACCACAGUGUGAGAACGAGGGAAUGGAGUCUACAUUAGUAUUUCUUUUUGGUGUGUUUUUGUUCUUGCAUUUAUUGAUAUUCAUGGUGUGUGUGUGUGUGUUUUCAGAGAGGAGACUGAGAUCAUUGAAGGAGAAGUGGUGGAGAUACAGAUUGACAGGCCAGCCACUGGAACGGUGAGUUCUGACUCAGGCCCUCUCUCUCUCAGCCCCCCUCUCAACUCUCUCUCUGUGCUCUGUCUCUCUCUCUCUCUCUCUGUUUAGUGUGAGUCAUACUCAUAAGGUGUGUAUUGGAGAGAUGUAUUGAUUGGCCAAUUUAAUUUGAGUCUGUGAUUGUCUUCUGAUAAGACUCCAUCAAUCAUUUAGAGAGACAGAUUGGCGAUAAGAGAGAGACUGUUCUGUUAGUAUUUAAUUUAACAGCAGCAGCCUUAUUACAGAUGCGAAUCACAGUGAAAGGAUAUUCAUUUUGGGGAGCUGAUAAUAUGAUUUCUGGUUUGGAAUAUUUUGGCUGCACUCAGAUGUUUCAUAACAGUUAUUUAAACUUCAGUGUUCAUCCGUUGCUCAAUACAGCACACAGCGCCAGAGUUUUUAGCACACUUGAGGUUAAAGUAUCAAACAAAAUGUUUUGUCACGUAUAGCAUCUUUCCCAUUUCCCAGUAAACUUUCUAACCUGUUGUUGUUGCUGCUCGUAGGGUGCCAAAGUGGGUAAGCUGACCUUGAAGACUACAGAGAUGGAGACUAUCUAUGACCUGGGCAGUAAGAUGAUCGAGAGCCUCAGUAAAGAACGCGUUCAGGCUGGGUGAGUUCUUCUAAAGUGUAGGACACACUCAUCAUCCACUAGGGGCCAUUGACCAUGGUCCCGUGUAGCUCAAUUGGUAGAGCAUGGUGCUUGCAAUGCCAGGGUUGUGGGUUCGAUUCCCACGGGGGGCCAGCAUGGGGAAGGGGGGAAAAAAAUGUAUGCACUCACUAAGUCGCUCUGGAUAAGAUCGUCUGCUAAAUGACUAAAAUGUAAACGUAAUGGUCGUGUUCAUUGGGACAUAACGUAAUAAAACAGCGUUUAGUUAUUGGACAGGUCCAGGUAGACCCUCCCGGUUUCGGUCCGUUUUCUUCACUUGGUGCCUAAUGAACACAAUAAAGAUCUUUAUUCUAUGCUCUGUGGUGUUAUGACUUUGUUGAGUCCAUUCAGCACUAUAAAUCCAAAGACUUCUUUCCCAGGGAUGUGAUCACCAUUGAUAAAGCCACAGGGAAGAUCAGCAAGCUUGGCCGCUCCUUCACCAGAGCCAGAGACUACGAUGCUAUGGGAGCACAGGUACACAUUGGUCCUAGACACUUGUAAUCAUUCAUGUCAUAUUUUACAGUGGCACGAUACAACUGAACAUUGAAUCGAGCUCCAAUCAGUUAUAGUCAGCAUCACUGCUAUCUGCAUUAAAGUGAAUGUACGAUUGCCUAGGUUUCAUGGGUGGGCAUUUUAAUUAUGGCAUGUGUAAAAAAUAAAUCUACUGUUUGCUUUGUGCUCCUCCAGACACAGUUUGUCCAGUGUCCUGAGGGGGAGCUGCAGAAGAGGAAGGAGGUGGUGCACACAGUGUCCCUCCAUGAGAUAGAUGUGAUCAACAGCCGUACACAGGGGUUCCUGGCCCUGUUCUCUGGUGAUACCGGAGAGAUCAAGUCUGAGGUCCGCGAACAGAUCAAUGCCAAGGUGUCUGAGUGGAGGGAGGAGGGAAAGGCUGAGAUCAUCCCCGGGGUGAGUCUGUGUGUGUUGGUGGUUUCCCAGACAUAGACUAAGCAUAGUCAUGGACUAAAAAGCUUGCUCGAUUCUCCAUUGAAAGUGGAGACUAGACUUAAUCUAUGUCUGGAAAACUGGGCCGAAAUGGUCCGUAUUUAAUGUUCAGUUGAAAGCCCUCCUGUAUAGUGAGUUCUUUAUUUUUGUCAUUCCAGGUGCUGUUCAUCGACGAGGUGCACAUGCUGGACAUGGAGUGUUUCUCCUUUCUGAACCGAGCCCUGGAGAGUGACCUUUCACCUGUUCUCAUCAUGGCCACCAACAGAGGCAUCACACGGUAAUUUUCGACCCUACAGUCUUCGACUGCUCCCACUAUAAUCUGGGUGUGGAUAUGGGCCACGGAAAGAACAUGAUGGUGACAUGUUUAGAACCUGCAUAAAGAGAAAAUAUAGUUUUGCCAGUAGUUUAAAGGGGCGAUAUGUGAUUGGUUCAUCCAUUUUUAGAAUUUUAAAAUAAUGAUGCUGUUUAUACCAUUUUAUUCUUUACGAAUAUAACUUAUAAAGGCCUCAGUAGUUUAUUUGAACUGUUUUACCCCAUCAGAACCCCAAAUAAAAGCUUGUUUUACUCCAUAGUUUGUAAACAAUGGGUCAAUCCAUAUAUGAUUUCAAUCACUUUCUGACUGCACCCCUUUUGAUUUGAACAAAACCUUCCAUACAUGUUUGCCCAUGGUAGAAGUUGUCAAAAAGUUACUAAUUGGACCUGAAUGCCAGAACAUUCAGGAGAUGGAGGUGCUCAAAGUUGACCCAUUUUGCAUACCCCACCCUACCAUGAGACAUCCAUGUCUUCAUCACUGAAGAAGAUAAACAGUUAGGUUUGAUAUAAUUUGAAAGCUUACGAACAGGGUAGUCAGACUAUUUUAGAAUUUCUUGAAUUAUAAUUAUUUUGUCAAAAGUGUCAUUUUUUAAAACCUUUAACAUCAAUGAUCUAAAAACGCGUUUUUCAAAUACAGUGCCGUGAAAAAGUAUUUGCCCCCUUCCAGAUUUUUCAACCAAAACCUAAUAUUAGAUAAAGGGAACCUGAGUGAACAAAUAACACAAACGUGAUACUUAUUUCAUUUAUUUAAUAAACAAAGUUAUGCAACAUCCAAUGCCCCUGUGUAAAAAGUAAUUCCCCCCUUACACUCGAUAACAGGUUGUACCACCUUUAGCUGCAAUGACUGCAACCAAACGCUUCCUGUAGUUUGUGAUCAGUCUCUCACAUCGUUGUGGAGUAAUUUUGGCCCACUCUGGCAGAACUACUUUAACUCAGACAUUUGUUGGUUUUCGAGCAUAAACUGCUCGUUUCAGGUCCUGCCACGACAUCUCAAUCGGGUUUAGGUCUGGACUUUGACUAGGCCAUUCCAAAACUUGAAAUGUGUUGCUUUACAGCCUUUCUGAUGUAGACUUGCUUGUGUCUUUUGGAUCAUUGUCUUGCUGUAUGACCCAGCUGCGAUUCAGCUCACGGAUGGAUGGCCUGACAUUCUCUGCUGGGGCCUCCUGAGUGGCGCAGCGGUCUAAGGCACUGCAUUGCAGUGCUAGAGGCGUCACUACAGACCUGGGUUCGAUCCCAGGCUGUGUCGCAGUCGGCCGAGACCGGGAGACCCUUGAGGUGGCGCACAAUUGGCCCAGCGUGGUCCGGGUUAGGGGAGGGUUUGGCCGGCCGGGAUGUACUUGUCCCAUCGCGCUCUAGCGACUCCUUGUGGCGGGCCGGGCGCAUCUACGCUGACUUCAGUCGGUAGUUGUACAGUGUUUCCUCCGCCACGUUGGUGUGGCUGGCUUCAGAGUUAAGUGAGCAGUGUGUCAAGAAUCACUACGGCUUGGCAGGGUCGUGUUUUGGAGGACGCAUGGCUCUCGACCUUCGCCUCUCCCGAGUCCAUACGGGAGUUGCAGUGCCAAUUGGAUAUCACGAAAUUGGGGAGAAUAAAAAUACUAAAAAAUGUCUCUGAUGCAGAGCAGAAUUCAUGAUUCCUUCAAGGAUGGCAAAGUUGUCCAAGUCCUGUGGUUGCAAAGCAUCUCCAAACCAUGAGAUUGUUACUGUAGAAUUCAGUGUUUGGUUUUCGCCAGACAUUACGGGACCCCUGCCGUCCAGUUCUGACCACUUCUACCACGGGCAAAUAUGUAUGGAAGGUUUUGUUCAAAUCAAAAGGGCUGCAGUCAGAAAAUGAUUCAAUUCAUAUACUGUAGAACGACCCCAAUGAAAUUGUAAACAAACACUGUAUAGCCUCAAACAUGGUUAACUAUAAUAUCAUGGAUGGUUAGUCUUUACAUCCAUAGCCCUGUCUAUUAAUUUAAGAUUGGUUACAUUUCUCUAUCCCCAUCCCUCAGCUGUUUACUGAAACCAAGUGGGGGGUUGAAAGCUUUGUUAUUGUUUGGACUGCAGAUUGCCCCUUUAAAGUAGUGCUUCUCAAGAAUGGCAAAUACUCAGUCUUUCUCUCUUUCCCUCUGUUCUGUCAGUAUCCGAGGCACCAACUACCAGAGUCCCCAUGGUAUCCCCAUAGAUCUACUGGACCGCCUCCUCAUCAUCGCUACCUCCCCCUACACUGAGAAAGAGACACGGCAGAUCCUCAAGAUCCGGUGAGAAUCACCCCUCUAACUCGCCAAGCCUGGGCUUUAGCAAGCAAACAAGCUGCACCAUGACUUACAUGAUUUAAGUUUGCAGACAGUCUGCAAAGUUCAAGGCAAUUAUGGGUUUGAACUGAUGUAUCAUGCCAUAUCGGAUGACCGUGGAUGAUUCAGGAUUAAAACCUAUUCCAAUAUUGGACUGAAACACCAUCUGAAAUGUGUUUCUACUGUGUGUGUCCGUCCAGGUGUGAGGAGGAGGAUGUGGAGCUGAGUGAGGAGGCUCACACUGUCCUGACACGUAUCGGCCAGGAGACAUCGCUGCGUUACGCCAUUCAGCUCAUCAGCACUGCAGGACUGGUGUGUCGCAAGCGCAGGGUGAGUCUCAGCCAAUUCAUUCAUACUCACUUACCUAGUAAUGCACGGGGGGGAGCAAAGCCUCUCACAUCCAUACACACACUGAUGUUAGAAUUACUCUGAAUUCUCAUGUUUGUUUCUCCUUAUAUAUCCUUAUUUUACCUGCUUCAUUGUUUAAUGCAUACACCGACAUGCCACCAUCGAUUACGUUGGAGAACUGUAAUGAACGGCUCAUCAAAGGGUCCCAUUCCUCAGCUACUCGCUUAAGUUCAGUGGCCAUUCGCACCAUGGUUGCUAAGCGACCAAGCGUUAGUCCUUCCUCCUCAUCUCUCGUGUCCUCUUCUCCCUCUUCUCUUUCAUCGUCGCUUUGUGGCUUUGUCAUUUACCUUCCCUUAGCAUGUCCAGAAGUUUAACUUUAUCUGAGAUAGGUAGCAUCUUCCGCCGUUUGGGCCCAUCCGCAGGUGCUUUUGUCGGUCCAGGCCGUUUCGUCGACAUUAUGGGUUUAGGAGAUGUUCGAAAUUACAAGAUAAUUUGGCCAACUUAAUGUAAAUUUGCCAAGCUGUUUUAUGUACGUACACAUAACUGCACGAGACGACAAAAUGAUAGCACAAUUCGUAGCAUGUUUUGAUACAAGAAGCGGGAGUGAGUUUUUAGCGAAUCAGAAUGCAGAGCACAAUGCACCUAUUCAUUCAAGUCUACAUUAGUUAUUGAAGGACAGAACUAACAGAUAGCUGGGCAGGGCACCCCUAGUCUUCUUGAUUACUGCUUUCUUGCUGUGGAACCAUUUCUAUGUUGAUGCUGAGAGUUGCCAGUGCGUGAUAGAUGUUUGUGCUUCUCUCUCAGGGAACGGAGGUGCAGGUGGAGGACAUUAAGAGGGUCUACUCUCUCUUCCUGGACGAGUCCAGAUCCUCACAGUACAUGAAGGAGUACCAAGAUUCCUACCUUUUCAAUGAAACAACACGUGAGUCUGCUAUUCAUCUCUGUCAUAGAGCAGUGUUUCUUAGGGGUCCCAAAGGGGUGCACAUUUGUUUUUGCCCUAGCACUACACACCUGAUUCCACUCAGACCCAGUUACAAAGCUGAUGAUGUUCCUGUAGUUUGUGAGGCGGACAUUUUUAUUCUUGAAAGCAACUUUGAUAGAAGUUGGCAAAUGUUUUCACUGUAAGUUGAAAAGGUCAUAACAUGCUACUACGUGAAUAGACGCCUUACCUACAUCUAUGGGAAAUGCACCUUAUAGAUGUGCUUUGAGGGCAGGUGUAAUGGGUUGAAGUGACUCUUACUGUAUCUCUUUUUGAUUUUCAGAACCUACAAUGGACACCUCUUAAUUGAUACAGACUGCAGAUCAUUUUUAUAGCACGUUCUCCUGUGAAGUUCUUCUGUUUUUUGUUUUGUUGCCAUAGUCCAUUGACGUUCUCCAUUAAGACCUUAUGGCUGAAAUAUCCAUUCCUCUGAUACUGUGUUGACUUACCUCUGUCUUUAGAUGUCGUUUAUUGUUUAAUGGAGUUUAAAUGUACAUGAAACCUACUUUUUGAUUACAUGUUGUUUUUCUCGUUGAUUUUAUGCAAGAAUUGCCUAAAAUGUAGUGUUAUCAUGCAUUGAUUUACGACACUUAACUUCAUGAAACAAAGGCAAUGUAGACGUUGGCAAUGUUCUUUUAAAGAGUUGAGUAAAAUGUUUUGGAUUUGAAAUAUAUUUUCUCUGUCACAAAGACCUCAAGUGCUAUGUACAGUACAUCCAUGGUCUCCCUACUACAAAGCUAGCCUCAUGGGGUACCCCUUUUGUUACAUCAGGAUGUGGUGUGCUUUUUGUUUUGUUUUUUGUGUGAAAUAAAAUUAGUAUCUCAAAGACCGUAGUUGGCACUGCCUCUUUUGUCUGUGCAUCUCUGUAC